CGCAAGAAUCUCCUUCAAUGUCGACCUCAGUAGCCGCCCCAGCGCAGCACAAGCAGCCGUCGAGGAAGGGGAAGAAGGCCUGGCGCAAAAAUGUCGACGUCACCGAAGUGCACGAGGGGCUGCAGGAAGUGCGCAAUCAGAUGAUCCAAGGCGGCGUCAUUGCAGAGAAAGACUCCGACGAGCUCUUCGCAGUUGACACUACGGGCUCCAAGGACAUCCGCACAGAGUACCGCAGAGGGCACAAGCCACUCAAGUCCGACGAGAUCCUCGCCCAACGCUCCGCUGUCCCCGCCGUCUCGUCCCGCAAACGCCUCUCAGACUUCUCCGAGCCCAAGUGCAAGAAGCCACGCAUCUCCGGCAAGCAAUUCGACAAACUGCGCUCCAUUGCCUAUGGCGGCAACCAGGUCCUGAAAGACGUCGUGCAGACCGGCCAUGUCGCAGAUCAUGAUCCCUGGGCCGCCGCGCAAGACGUAACGCAGGACCCGAAGUUCUCCUUCUUGGAAGAGAAGAAGGUGACGAGGGAGCCCGUCACCCUGAAACGUGCUCCUGUCUCGUUGGCAAAAGAUGGCAAGCCCAUUCCGGCGGUCACGAAGCCAGAGGCUGGAAAGAGCUACAACCCUACUCUCGAGGAUUGGGCCGAUCUCCUUGAGCGCGAGGGAGAAAAAGAGGUGGAAGCAGAAAGGAAGAGGCUGCAGGAAGCACGGGAGGAUGAGGAGCGGUUAGAGAGGGCAUUGGCUGUCCAAUCUGACGAAGAGUCGGACAAGAAUGAGAGCGCUUGGGAGAGCGAGUGGGAAGGUUUCAGUGACGCCGACGAGGAGACCUUGAGGUCCAAGAGGCCGGAGCGGAAGACUCCUGCCCAGCGGAAUAAGAUUAACCGGAGGAAGGAGGCAGAGCGGAAGGCUAGGCAUGAGGCGAAGAUGAAGGAGAAGGACCGCCAAGCACGGCGCAUCAAGGAACUAGCCAAGACGGUUGAGGAGAAGGAGAAGGCUCGGGCCGCCGCUCGCGAAUCGGCCGCUGUGGUUAGAGACGAUACUUCAUCCGAAGAGGGACAGGAAGUGCUUCGGAAACGACGCUUCGGAAAACACCCGAUCCCAGAACCCACGCUGGAGGUGGUUCUGGCCGACGAACUUCAGGAUUCUCUCCGGCGCCUCAAACCGGAAGGCAAUCUUCUGAAAGACCGGUUCCGAAGCAUGAUAGUUAGAGGCAGGGUAGAAUCGCGCAAGCAGAUUGCGCAAGGCAAGAAGCCAAAGACAACGCUUACGGAAAAGUGGUCUUACAAGGAUUGGAGGCUUUAAUAAAUUAUUGGGCUUCUCUCUUGAACUCGGCCUUGCUUAGUGCGGGCCGAGAUACAUCAUAGACGGGCGACACCGCUCAGGUUUGGAGAUGAAAGGUCUCAAUCUUCUUUUAUCCUCAAUAUUGAGGGGUCGUUCUACACGGAAUUCAACGCCCAACUCAAGACAGACGAUUAGUGAGGCCGAGGCGCACAUCGCCUGUGGUCUUGAUAUAGGUAUUCGAG